CGGACACAGAGAUUGAUACAGAACAGAACUGACUUGAUCCUCCGACCAUAAACUUGUCUCUGUUUCCUCAUUCGAUCUUUGAGACCCAGAAGCUUAGAAAGCCGAAAGAAAGAACACUACGAAAUCAAUCCCGAGGUAAUUGUUGUCGGAGCCAGGAGGAGGAAGGAGGAAGGAUGGGAGAGGUCUUGACAUGGAUUAUUUCUUUUUUUAUCCUUAUCACUCUUGUCGGACUCAUCGUCUAUCAGCUUAUUAGCUUAGCUGAUCUCGAGUUUGAUUAUAUCAACCCUUACGACUCUGCAUCAAGAAUAAACUUUGUGGUAUUACCAGAAUCCAUCCUUCAAGGAUUUUUAUGCGUAUUCUACCUCUUUACGGGUCAUUGGUUCAUGUCACUCCUUUGUGUUCCUUACCUCUACUACAACUUCCAUCUUUACUCGAGGAAACAGCAUUUGAUAGACGUCACAGAGAUCUUCAACUUGCUCGAUUGGGAAAAGAAGAAACGACUCUUCAAGCUCGCUUACAUAAUCCUCACUCUCUUUCUCACCAUCUUCUGGUUGAUCUAUUCAACACUUGACGAUUACGAGGACUGAAACCGUGCUUAAAGAAACAUCGCUGUGACAGUUGACAAAACGGUUCACUUUGAUCAAACCCCCUCUCUCUUGCUACUUGACACUGAGCUUGAAGAUACAGCGGUGUGACAUGAGAAGGAAGGUUUUGUAUGUUAGUAACUGGUUUUUGGGGCAUUAGAGAUUUCUCUGUAAACCAGAUUUAUUAGUCCAGUCAUUAGAUUGUUGGAUCUUGUGGUGUACUAUCUCGGAACCCGCUAAUUCAUUCAGAAGGUUUUACUUUUA